GUCUGACAGCUGUAGAUUGACAUUUUCCCUUGGCGGUAAAAGUUAUAAACUACAAAUAAAUUCUACCUGCAAUAAUUAUUAUAACGAGAAAUUCAACAAACGUAAAUCAAUUCUUUAGUACGAUUUAUUAUAAAAAUCAGUUAUUGAUAAUAAUAUCUUACGGAAAAAUGGAAAGAUUCACAGAAUUUGAAAGUCUGGACGAAGAAGUUAAAGAACUUUUGGAAAACUACAAAUAUAAAAGAGCUACAUUUUACGAACCAUGCACUCAAAACAAUGUUAAAGAUUGUUUGAUAGGCCUUUCAGAGGAAUUAAGCAUUUUCAACAUAAAUUAUAUAUUUAAUCCUCAUGUAGACUUUGAAAAUAACACAUUAAAUACUGAUGCAUUGGUCAAACUUAUAAAUUCAGUUUGGACUUUAUUACAUAAAUACAAAAGUAUUAAAGAGAAGAGUGACCAUUUGACAGAGCAAAAUCAUGUACUUGAACAUAGCAAUAGACAUUUAAAUGAUUCCAUUGGAAGACUCCGAGAUAAAGUAAACUCUGAAAAAAAUGAAUCCAGAGCAUGUGUUGCCUCGGCCCAAAGAGUGUCCGACCAAUCAAACGAGGUUUAUCAAAAGUUAAUUGAAACCCGAGCUAAAUUGAAUCAGGUGGUUAAACAAAAGGAAGCUAAUGAAAAAUGUUUGCAAAAUAAAGUAGCAAGGUUGAAGUUGGAAAAUGACAAAUUAAUGGACAGACUGCGAGGUAAAACAAGCAAUUAUACUCCAUGUGCUGAUGUAUGUGAUGCCACUCUGACACAAUUAAAGGAUCGAGAAAGGAAACAAAGAUCUGUUAUAGCACAACUACAAGCUAAUAAUCAGGAAUUAUUAAGAGAAGUGAUUGCUAUGAAAGAAGAACUUUUACUGGCAGGAAUAACUGACCUCAGGCUGAAACAAUAACACUUAUGAAAUUAUGAGACUAACAAUUAUUGGUUUCUGAAUUGAGUAUUUGAUAUUAACCAUACCAUGCUGCGUAAUAACUGAGGCCCCGGAACCACAGACACAAUAGAAAAUCUAUUGUGUCUGGGACCGAUCGGGCCGCUUGGGGCUCAAUGGGUUAAAUAUUUUCUUGUUUAUGACAUAAGCUUUCAACCUAAAUAAAAUCAAUUCUGCAUUCAGAAACCAAACUUAUGCCUGACGGUACAAAAUCUGUUGAAUUUUCAGUAUUAUGACAUAAUGUACCUAUAUCUUUUAUUUGUUGUGUUGUAAUAAAAUUAGUAUAAGCUUAGUACCUAGUUAGGGUUUGUU